AUGCUUAUCGUGCAUAUGGGAGCGGAGAUAAUCCAGAAAUCUAGGGAUGAGGUGAGGGACUUUGAACUUUCACGAUACUCCGCCAUCAUUGUGGAUGAGGCUCACGAGCGAUCCAUAUUUACCGAUGUUCUAUUGGGUCUAAUAUCCAUGGUUUUGCGAUUGCGUCGUCGACGGUUCACCGAACAGCGGUCCACUCGGGAUCGGAUCCUACCUCCGCUCAAAUUAAUCAUCAUGUCGGCCACAUUGCGCGUGACAGAUUUCGCUGAGAAUCGUCGACUUUUCCCGCCAGCUGUAUGUCCUUCCCCACCGCCGGUUAUUCACGUCGAAUCGCGUCAGUUCCCGGUCACGUGUCACUUUGCUAAAAUCACCCACGCGGAUUAUUUGAAGGCAGCGUUUCGCAAGGUCAGUGACUGA